ACAAUCCCCUCUCUUCCCAGACUCUUUUACUUAAUAGUCUAACACAAUGGCACCAUCUCAAACCCAAGAAGACAACGCCACCGGCUCCAAGAGCUCUGACCUCUUGAAGCACUCCAAAGAAGAAUCAGUUCUUACAGACAAGGACCGCAAGGCACUUGUAUUCACAGACAAGCAUAGCUCCCCAGAUGUAUACAUCAGCUACAACAAGGAUACUCUAUGGUAUCCUUGGGUGACUACGUUGGAGGUCAAGCCUCUUCGAUUUGAGACUCGGUCAGGCAGUUUCGUGAUUGCAUUGCGUACCCCAGUCGAUGCAUGGCUUGGAAAGCAUAGACAUCGAGGCACCGUGACCGCUGUUACACUUGCGGGUAACUGGGGAUACAAAGAAUACGACUGGACAGCAGGGCCCGGCGACUAUGUCGUUGAGAACCCGGGCACGAUCCACACACUGUUCAUGGGAGCUGGCUCAGAGGUAGUAUUUACCAUCACCGGUAGUCUUGAGUUCUUCCACGAUGACGAUAGUUUGAAGGAGACGAUGGACAUUUUUAGUUUCUCGCAGUUGUAUUACGAUCACUGCGAGGAAAAGGGCGUGGAGCCCAAUGCGGGUCUGUGGUAUUAAGAGAUAAACAAGGCUAAUACAUCACCUUGAUGAGUACACGGUCUUUCAUAAGUUGUAAGGAUGACAGCAUAGUAAUAAUUUAUUGGAAGCUCGUCUCG